AUGCCGCCCCGUAAGACCCUCUUCAGCCCCUUCAUGCCGGUGGAUCCGCAGGGGCGCACUGACAUCCAGGCGCUGUUGCACCGGAGCCGCGCGCAGGGCCGAGCGGAGGCGGAGCGCACCCGCGGCGGCUGCGACCACAGAGACCCUCCGUGCGCCAUCGUGGAGCUGCGGCUCGGCCCCGGCGGCGGCGGCGCGCUCCACUACCUCCAGCCGGACAAGUGCGCUCUGGAGCGCGCGCAGAGACGCCGGCGCCUCGCCGCCAACGCCCGGGAGAGGCGGAGGAUGCUGGGGCUGAACGUGGCCUUCGACCGGCUCCGGAGCGUCAUCCCGAACCUGGAGAGCGACAAGAAGCUGUCCAAGUCCGAGACCCUGCAGAUGGCGCAGAUCUACAUCGCCACCCUCAGUGAGCUGCUGCAGGAGGGGGCCCGCGCACCCAGACCCCCGGGGGCCGCCCCGGUACGGCAGGGACCCGCGCUGUCCUCGGGGGACGCGGAGGGGGCCUUCAAGGACUUCCACAGCGGGAAGAGAGGCCCAGGAGGGGCGGAGGAGGAGGAGGAGGAGGUGGUGUGGGAGAGGAAGAACGGAAGCAAGUGA